AUGAGCAAGAACGUGCGCUUUUUGGUGGAAAGUUUCAGCAUGGGCUACUCAAAUUUAAGUAAUUGUGAUGAUGGUACUACGGAGAGAGGCUUCCACGGCGAUGGCACCGACGACCAGCCAUUCGUCUCGGACCGCGAGAAGAUGUCCGGAUACGAAACCAACCUCUACCUCUACUCCGAGGAGAUGGAGGACCGGCCGCGGGUGUCGACGCUCAUCUCCUCGCUCGCCAACUACAGCAACACCAUCCCCGCCGCCACCGACCCCGACGCCAAGCCUGCGCCGUCCGCGCGCAUGGGCACCCUCAUCGGCGUCUACCUGCCCUGUAUACAGAACAUAUUCGGCGUCAUCCUCUUCAUCCGUCUCACCUGGGUCGUCGGCACCGCCGGCGCCUUUAUGGGGUUCCUCAUCGUGCUCACCUGCUGCUGCGUCACAAUGCUGACAGCCAUCUCGAUGAGCGCCAUAGCGACCAAUGGUGUGGUGCCAGCGGGAGGCAGCUACUUCAUGAUCUCACGCUCGCUCGGUCCAGAGUUCGGCGGUGCGGUUGGCAUGCUCUUCUACACGGGCACCACGCUUGCCGCAGCCAUGUACAUCGUCGGUGCAGUCGAGAUUGUCCUCACAUACAUGGCUCCAAGUGCAUCCAUAUUUGGUGACUUCACCAAAGAUGCGAGCAUCAUGUACAACAACUUCAGGGUGUACGGCACUGGUCUGCUGAUGAUAAUGGGCACCAUCGUUUUCAUCGGUGUAAAGUUUGUCAAUAAGUUCGCCACCGUGGCACUUGCCUGUGUGCUACUCUCCAUCCUCGCCGUAUAUGUAGGCAUCUUUGUGAACUUUAAUGGGAAUGAACUGUUGCCCAUGUGUGUACUUGGAAAACGGUUACUAAAGGACAUCAAUAUACAGGAUUGUAACAAGACUGUAAAUGGCCCCCUGUACAAUAUUUUCUGUACAAAUUCAUCAACUGGUGAAGUUACUUGUGAUCCUUACUUUGAAGAUAACAAUGUAAGCAAAGUUCAAGGCAUCAAGGGGCUUGCCAGUGGAGUCUUCCUAGACAACAUUUACAACAGUUUCUUAGAGGAAGGGCAGUUCAUUGCAAAAUCUAAAGAUCCUGAUGAGAUCGAGAGACUCGACAGACCGUCAUACAAUCAGGUUUAUGCUGAUUUAACAACUUCAUUUACUAUUUUAAUUGGUAUCUUCUUCCCAUCAGUGACAGGCAUAAUGGCUGGAUCAAACCGUUCUGGUGAUCUAGCAGAUGCACAGAAAUCAAUUCCAGUGGGAACCAUAUGUGCCAUACUCACCACGUCUACAGUGUACCUCUCAGCAGUACUGCUGUUUGCUGGAACUGUUGACAACCUGCUCCUUAGAGACAAGUUUGGGCAAAGCAUUGGAGGAAAACUUGUAGUGGCAAAUAUUGCCUGGCCUAAUCAGUGGGUCAUCUUAAUUGGAUCAUUUCUGUCAACUCUAGGAGCCGGUUUGCAGAGCCUCACAGGUGCACCCAGAUUGCUUCAGGCAAUCGCAAAAGAUGGAAUCAUCCCUUUCCUAGCACCUUUUGCUGUGUCAUCUAGUCGUGGUGAACCUACACGAGCACUAGUUCUGACGGUGCUCAUCUGCCAGUGUGGUAUUUUAUUGGGAAAUGUUGAUUAUCUUGCACCUCUGCUCUCUAUGUUUUUCCUAAUGUGCUAUGGAUUUGUCAACCUUGCUUGUGCGUUACAAACACUUCUUCGCACACCUAACUGGAGACCGAGGUUUAAGUACUAUCACUGGUCGCUGUCAUUUCUUGGACUGUCACUCUGCAUAGCAGUCAUGUUUAUGACAAGCUGGUAUUAUGCACUAGUGGCAAUGGGAAUGGCUGGAUGCAUAUACAAGUACAUUGAGUACAGAGGAGCGGAGAAAGAGUGGGGUGAUGGAAUUCGUGGUCUAGCACUGUCAGCAGCACGUUACAGUCUCCUACGGCUUGAAGAAGGGCCACCUCAUACUAAGAACUGGCGACCACAAAUUCUUAUCCUGUCUAAGCUCACUGAAGACCUUGUUCCAAAAUAUCGAAAAUUAUUUGCAUUUGCAGCACAGCUCAAAGCAGGAAAAGGGUUAACAAUAUGUGUAUCUGUAAUUGGAGGAGAUUUCACAAGAAACAGUGGGGAGGCAAUGGCAGCAAAGCAGAGCUUACGUCGCACAAUGGAUGAAGAGAAGGUGAAAGGAUUUGUUGAUGUUCUUGUGUCUCGCAAUAUCACCGAUGGUCUGAGCCAUUUAAUUCAAACUACAGGUCUUGGUGGUAUGAAGCCAAACACAGUCAUCCUUGGUUGGCCAUAUGGAUGGCGACAGUCAGAAGAUGACAAAACGUGGCAUGUAUUCUUGCAGACAGUCCGUAAUGUGGCUGCUGCUCGCAUGGCAUUAUUGGUACCAAAGGGAAUCAAUUUCUUUCCAGAUUCAAGUGAGAAGGUUGUUGGAAACAUUGAUAUAUGGUGGAUUGUGCAUGACGGUGGCCUUCUGAUGCUACUACCAUUCCUUCUUAAACAACACCGCACCUGGAAAAACUGCAAAAUGCGCAUCUUCACAGUGGCACAAAUGGAAGACAAUUCAAUUCAAAUGAAGAAAGAUCUUAAGAUGUUUUUAUAUCAUCUUAGGAUAGAAGCUGAGGUGGAAGUUGUUGAAAUGGUGGACAGUGAUAUAUCGGCCUACACUUAUGAACGAACAUUAAUGAUGGAGCAACGUAACCAGAUGUUGAGGGAACUGCGGCUCAACAAAAAGGAAAGCCUAGGCGUUGUGCAAACACUUGUAGAUUUCAACGAGGUACCAUCGGAGGAGAAACUGCCUCUGGUUCAGGCCAUUGUCGAUCAUCACCACAACGUUGAUGUGAAGACUGCUACAAAAGUUCGAUUCCAAGAGCCUGGCAAGGAGGGAGCUGAAAAGAAAGCUGAAGAGACAACUGAGGAAGAGUCAUCUAAAAAGCAAAAUGAAGAUUGCUCUAAUACGAAAGAAAAUGAUGGUGACAAUAAUUCUACACACUCAGAAUCCCAAAAGCCUCAACAGCAGGAAAAGCCACAAGAAAAUAAGUCUCCAGAAAAUUCAACAGAUGUCAGCAAUAAGCAGGAAUCAGAAAAGGGCAAGAAGGUCCAAAACAUAACACCUGAUGAAGGCAAUGUACGGAGGAUGCAUACAGCAGUUAAAUUGAACGAAGUAAUCGUCAACAGGUCUCAUGAUGCACAGCUCGUCAUCCUUAAUCUUCCAGGUCCACCAAGGGACACAAAAAUAGAAAGAGAAUCAAACUGUAUCCUUUCUAAGUUUAUAACUAAUUUAUUUGACCACCUCAUAGUUUGUUUGUUUUCUAAUCAUUUGUCCCAAAAUUAUCAUAAAUUUGUAGCUGUUUUGUGUAUUCUAUAGAGAAACAAGAAGGAUGGUAUAUCAUAUGGACUGUAUUUGUUACAGAA